AAAUAAUAACAAUUUGUUUUUUUUUUCUAGUUGUAUUCUCGUAGAAACUUCUUUAACAACUAUUUGUCAUUUUCAACUAUCAGAACAUGGUCAGAAUAACUGAAGAACUUGUCCGCAAAAAAUCCGAACACAAUGAAUGUCUCAUCAGUACUUUGGAAGAAAUUUCGUUGCACCAAGAAGACAUCGAGAAAAUCGAACACAUUCAAAAUUGGUGUCGAGAUCUUAAAAUCCUUCUUUUACAAUCAAAUCUUAUUUCCAAAAUAGAAAACCUGCACAAGUUUAAGAAAUUAGAAUACCUCAAUUUGGCAAUGAAUAAUAUUGAAAAAAUAGAAAACCUCGAACAGCUGGAAUCUCUCAAUAAGCUUGAUUUGACUUUGAAUUUUAUUGGAGAUCUGACCUCAAUUGAAUCUCUUCGAAAUAACUAUAAUUUACGACAGCUAAUUUUGACUGGAAAUCCUUGUUCUGAUUUCUCCAAUUACAGAAAUUAUGUAAUUAUUGCAUUGCCUCAAUUACAACAGUUAGAUAGCGAAGAAAUAAAAAUAUCGGAUAGAUUACAGGCUCAAAGACACUUUAAAAAUAACCGCGAAAGCAUUGUUCAAGCUCAAGCUGACUAUAGUAUUAAAAGGGAUGAACAGAAAAUUCGUUAUGCCGAGCAAAAAUCUAACCUUGAGAUGAAGAUGUCCCUAAUCGAGGACGAACAAGAAAGGAAUAAAUUGUUUUGGGAUACAAAAACUGAAAAUUGUCCUGAGGUUCGAAAGGAAAUUCAUGAACAACAGAAGAAAUCCAGAAAGGGGGGAAGUUCUGACACAGAGAAGAAGCCAGCUAAAAAAAUUCCCCAACUCUUUGCCCCUUGUGGUCGGCCAUACAAUAUCAAUCAGCCCAAAUUAGAUUUCACAUUUAAGGAGGAAAGGCAGGAGUUUAUUUUGGAAUUGAAGGUUUAUAAGUUUCUUGAAACAAACCAUUUAGAAGUAGAUCUUCAACCAAAGUACAUUCGGGUGCGUAUUAAAGGAAAAGUAUUUCAACUGGCACUUCCUGAGGAAAUUACAACUUCUGCUGCAAUAGUUCAACGAUCACAAAUAACCGGAGAGUUACUUAUAAAAGCCCCGAAGUUAAAUGUUGACCACAGUCUUGAAGUUGCAAACAAACCUGUAAUAGUGAAAGGUGUAUCAUCCUUGGAAACUGGAAAAUUUGAAUCCUCCGAAAAGUCUACACUAAAGGGAACAGUCAACUAUAAGAAUAUUGUCGAACAAGCCGAUCAAUUAAAUGUAACUAAUAUUCCAAAAGUAAUAAGUGAAGAUGAGAUUUCUGAUCUACCAGACCUUGAAUAAUUGUUUAAAGUAUUGAUGUUGUUUUAAUUAUAACCUUUAUAAAAAAACACAGAUCAAACAUUUUAUUUUGUAUCCAUACUUAUGUUCUUAGGUCUAGAUUAACAGCC